AUGUUCCUCCGCAAACUUGAUCAGUUUGAGCAAAAGAGACCGACUGCAUCGAUCCAAGUCAGCAGAUGUCACAUCUUUGCUGACUUUGUCAGUCCUGAGAACAGUACCAAUAUUAGUGAUUUGGCAGAGAGACUCGACAAUGUUCUUGAUCCUGAGCGUGAGGAUCCAAAUUCAGACUCAAACUCGACGUCGACGUCCGCCUCUUUCACCUCUGCGUCCGACGCUAAUGCUUCUCUGGCUAAAAUUGUUGCCUACGCAAUUGCAGAGUACGAAUGCCGCGAUACCAUUAUUAUCGCACGCGCACAGUUAGGGAAAUAUCCACCAAGCCCUCUGCACUGCAAGGCCCCGACCUCGGAGGAAGUCGACUUCAACAACACGGAUGAGAUUGCCGACGAAUCGCUUCGAAGGAUGAUCACACGAGUCAACGAGACUACUCACUGGGACGCAACACUAUUCGGAGACCUGAAGCGUACUAAGCCCGAUACCGGGAAGGGACAGGCAAGAGCCUCGAUAAGCACUCCCCGACGGUAA